CUGUGCGUGUUGGUGGAGGGUCGUACCGGGUCUGUGUCCCAGCCCUUUUCGUGUGUGUGGUGGCCGGGGUCGUGUGCGAGGUCGUCGGGUUAUAUUAACAGAGAUCUCGGUCAAGCAUCUACGGACGAUUAAAAGAAAAGGUGGAUUGAAUUCGAUUCGCUUUAAGGCGUUCGGUAUUGGUCGAUAUUAAUUUCCUCUUAUCGAUAUUUUUCCUUUUUUAAGGCGGUUGGUGGGCAUAGAGAGCGUCAGGAUGAAUAUGCUACUGUUUGUUUUGUGCGCCUCCGUGGCCUCACUCAUCAUAUAUGUGUACGAGAAAAAGAAAACAAAAAAAGAAGAAUGAUGGAUUUGGAAAUAUGACCAAAUGUCAAUUAGUACCAUGGCUUAAUUUGCAUGCAAAUCAUGAUUUAGUAUAGCUGAUAUAUAUUCAAAUGAAACAUACACUAUACACAGCUGUCACGCCAGUUGUUGAGCACAUAGAUAUUUUCAAAAUUGAUUGGGAUUCUUUUGAUCAAUUGUGAAAAUGAUUUAUUUUCAGGAACAAAAUUUCAUGAGACGUAAAGUUAUAUGUUUGGAACCGAACACGAACUCCAAAAAAGAAAUCUUGCGCUCCUGACGAACCCACGUCACUCCAGGCCAAGUCAUGCAAACAGACCCAAACAAAAUCAAGAGAAAAUAAACACAUUUUCCGGAGACACUCACGACAAGAAGGCAUUUUCACAAACACCCUAAGUUAUUGUUUAGCUGCUCUGCCUCGCUUGUCCAGAAGCUUUCCAGUUCUGCAUUACUUCCAAAACUUAUUUCUUUGCCCCAGUUCCUGCAAAUAGGUUUUAGAGCCACCACGCUAGUCUUCUGCUUCACAUUCUCAAACGUUUUCCCUCUUCCUCAUCUCCGUCGAUUUAGUUUCAUGUGCAUCAGAAUCAGGAUUUGAUAUGACAUCUGACCUCGUUAUCUCGCAAAAUAAGUAGAUGAGUUUGCUGUUGCUAGAGUAGGAGUUUGACAAGAAUAAAGAUAGAUAUCAAACACUACUCCAGUGUAACAUUAAAUUCUUAAAGACAUUAAAAAAUAAAUAAGAUAAAACGAUAGUAAGUACGACACAAACGGGUGCCACACCGCCUACAAAGCACACCAACACCGAAAACUUUGUCAUACUAGUCACUGCAACAUACAAUAUUUUCUAACUAGAUAGCCAUACCACACGAACACGCACACAUUACACACACUACCAGCGAACCACGCAUUACCCGUUCGUCAAGCCAUCGACGUCUCAAUUAAGAACAAAAAGGAACGAAAAAACUCGACCUCACGAAACUACCUGCGAUGGCGUGGAGUGACUUCGUGGAUUGGCUGGACGAGAACAAGGUCGUUCUCAUUGCUGUCACCUGCUCAGUGGCGGGCGCCGGAGCGACGCUGCUGGCGCUGCGGGCGUGGCUUCAGGGGCCCUCGUGCAGGAGCAAGGCGCGCCUGGACGGCAAGACGGUGGUCAUCACGGGCGCCAACACGGGCAUCGGCAAGGAGACGGCCAGGGACCUGGCCAAGCGAGGCGCCCGCGUGGUGAUGCUGUGCCGCGACCUGGACAAGGCGCGGACGGCGGCCGAGGAGAUCAACAAGGAGACGGGCAGCACGGUGGGCGUGUACCACCUAGACCUCGCCUCGCUCGAGUCCAUCCGCAGCACCGCCGCCGCCCUCAGGGACACGGAGCCGCAGAUCCACAUCCUUAUCAAUAAUGCAGGCGUGAUGAUGUGCCCUCGCUGGGAGACGAAGGACGGCUUCGAGAUGCAGCUCGGGACCAACCACCUGGGCCACUUCCUCCUGACGCUGCUCCUGCUGGACCAGUUGAAAGCCGCCGCUCCUUCGAGGGUCGUCAACGUGUCCUCCAUCGCCCACACGCAGGGAAGUAUGCACUGGGACGACUUGCACUUCACCAAGUCGUACGACGCCAAGGAGGCCUACUGCCAGAGCAAACUGGCCAACGUCCUCUUCACGCGGGAACUCGCGCACAGACUCAGAGCCACGGGAGUGACGACCUACUCCCUCCACCCCGGUGUUGUGCAGACGGAGUUAGGUCGCCACAUCCACGAGUCCGUCAACUCCUUCAUCCACUGGGCCUUCCACUUCUUUGGGAAGUUCUUUUUCAAGACGGUAGUCCGCGGCGCCCAGACGACCAUCUACUGCGCGGUGGACGAGUCGCUUGCCACGCAGUCGGGGAAGUAUUACAGUGACUGUGCAGAAAAGAGACCACACCCGAACGGUCUGUCGGAUGAGGACGCCAAACGGCUGUGGGACACGAGCUUGCAGUUGGUUGGCCUCGAUCAGUAUAAUGUCUAGACCAAGGUAUCAAUUGACGCCUUAUUACACCUGAUCACAAACGCUGCUCUUCAUAUCGAUUACUGAUUUCCGGCGUACGAUUUGCCCUCACUAUACUUGUCCUUCCUUUAAGUCGUGUAUCGUUCUUUUGUUUGCAUGCAAAACUAUUUUAAGAUGUAAUGGUGGCAAUAAAGAUCUAUAGAUUUUUCAUUAAUAAAAUAUUUAAGUUGCAUUGUUUUAUUUCCUCAGUGCAUUACACUUGUACACACACACGGCGCACUCGCGACCGUCAAAAUGAGGAAACAAAGAUACCUCUUUAAAUAACCUGACAAGCUUCGCCACAAGUUCCGGGUUGGCUCGCUGGGCUGGUCAUGAGUGUGUUCGGGAUGCGUCUCGAAUGAGCCCCAGGAUUGCAUUUGCAUUGGGCAUUCUCUGGACUUGCUCAAGUUUUGAUGUAUGACUUUGUGGAACUUCAUGCAUACUGAACAGAAAAGUAUGGUUGCACGAGUAAUGGCUGCCCGUGACAAUCGACAAACAUCACCUGUACAUACUAAUAGCAAGGUGCAAGGGGAGGUUCAAAAAGAAAAUGGUUUUGUCAAUAUCGUGCAGAAUAUGACCAAAGGUCUGAGUUUUUAAACAUUCACAUUGAACAAUCUUACUAUCUUUAUAAACCUAAACUGCAUGGGAAGUAGCUAAGGCCUCAAAUCAGUGAUCAAAAAAACUCGUUCAGGAGGUGCCCGAUGGGCACCAAUUCUCCGGGCAAAACGGACAGGCAAACCAACAGAGUGCAAAGUCCGCCGGGCACUGUUCGAUUAUGAGUUCAGGGCCUAAAGCCUUCACACGAACGGGCAUCAUCGGCGGGCAAAGGAGUGGAUACGAGCAAGCUUUAUACAAGUCGUAAAGACCUUGGGCACGAGGUCACAGGCGGGUAAACCACUCGAUAAACAAGUGAGGGCCUAUCCACAACGCGGAAACUACAAUUACAAAAGCGCAUUGCAUGUAAAUUCAAACAUUCACAUAGUACAUGAUUCUUCACUAUUUGAAGUAUGCAUUACCUUUGAUGACCUAGGCGGUAAUCCGCGUAUCUGUUGCAAUUUUUUUUUCUGCCCGUGUUAACAUCUAAGGUCAUUAGUGGCAUAUUCGGCUGGGGAAGGAAACGCCCAGGUAAAGGUCAAACAGCAUUGUGAUAAAAUAAUGAGGGGAAAAGGGGCAAAUAGUUAACGAUUAUGGCAAAAAUGUUAGAUGUCAAAGGUUGUAGAGGUAUGAAGUAUGGUAGUGAAAAGGGGAAAAUGGAGAGACUAACGGAGGCCAUUCACGACUGAGACAAAGGCAAUCUCUACACUUUUCAGCCCGGCUGUAACACUUUAGGGUAAGGACAAAAGGGGAUGAAGAAAAGGAAAAGGAAAUUGGGAGAAGCAGCAAACCAUGCAAAAUUAGUGGAGGCAAGGGCGGAGGGCCAAGGUAGGGGUGAUUUUCUGAUCUAAUCUGGGCCUCAAUGUCCGUCUCGUAAGUUCACAGCUUGUAUCAUCUAUACAAAUUCCUGGAAAUUUUACCUUUCUCCACAAAUUCCUGGAACAAAUUUUACCUUUCUCCACAGAUCUAGAGCAUGAAGAAUAUUUUCACUCCAGCUGACCGAUUCUCAAGUAAGGUCAUCAAGUGAUACACAAAUUCCUUGAGUGAUUCCAUAAUUGAUUUAAACUAAACUGAAUUUGGUAACCAUACAUCAUACUUUUAGAUUAUUUCAUGACCUUUUUCUUUUAAGAGCUGUAGCUUCAUACAUUUCAAAUCCUUGUAUUCAUGGGUUAUUUUUCAGAUUCCUGGAGGUAAUACCACAUUUUGCGGAUCAAAAAAGGCACAGCACCCUUCAAAAUCCCACAAAUCAAAGCAAUCUUUUUAACAUUUUGAAUGUAUGGAUAAUGGAGAUCUUUAUGAAUGAAAGUAGCUCAUUUUCAUAUUCUUUGGCAUCUAAUAACAUUGGAAUAACAGUUUUGAAGGUUGAAGAAAAAUUCAAGAUACUGAUAAACCAUGUAUUUGUGUUUGAAUACCAGGUCCCUAGUAAUACCCCUCUUGGGCACCAGGUAACAAUCUCACACGCCAGGCUGGGCAGCACAUGGGCACCAAUUUUAAACACCACUUUGAUCUUGUAAAGCAUUUAUACUAAUCAGUUAUACCUACUGGCUAUGAUUUAAUUCUUGGGUGACUAUUCUAUAGAUAUAACUGGGGCUAUUUAGCAUAUGUAUAAUAGCCCCAUCACAAGCAGUUUGACAAACCACACCUUAAAAUCACCGUAUACCCUUGGAAUUACAAAUUCAAAAAAUAAUUAUAAAAGGAAUAGAAUGUGUUUGGAUGUGGAAUAGGCAACCCCUAUCAGUCUAGACUGCAAUCUUUCAGAGUUGGAGGAUGUAAUGCCGUGUCAAAUAGAUUCACCUCAGCACAAAAACAGAUAAAAAAAAAAAGAAAAAAAAAAAAAAAAAAAA